CUCGUGAUUUGUGCAUUAAUUCCAACAAUAAGCUAUCAACAACUGCAUCUGCUUAAUUAUAUUAAAGGGUCACAAACCAAUUCAAAAAAUGCCAACAAUACAUUCCUAUUUCGGAAAACACGUUAUUGGGAAAUAUUGACUUAUUUUCCCUCUUUCUUAUCUUAUCGUCAAAGCCAGCCCUCAAGGAAAGUAUAGUAAGAAAGCAUCACUGCACGACAUCUGAAGAAUAGAAGAGAAUGUACUACUGAAGGAAUAGUUCUGAAGUGCCAGUCCUGGAAAUUGUUCAGUAUUUUAUUUGCUAAAGAUGGAUAGUUCAAAAAUAAAUCAUAAUUUGAAGAAAGAAGAAAGUGGGAUGAAUAUGAAUGAGAACAAUUGCGAAGCCUUAUUGCAAUUUAAAAGGCAGUUAUCUGAUAUUCUUUCACCAUACGAUACAGAUGCUCAGAUGAUGAAAUGGCUUCGAGCAAGAAACUACGACUUGGAGAAAGCAGCAGCACUUUUUCGAGAGUUCUAUUUCUGUAGGAAACUUUUUGAAAUAGACACCAUAGUUACAACGUACAAGAAGCCAGAGGUUUUUAUCAAAUACGAAUACAAUGGUUUUUUGGGUAUUGCCAAAGACAGAACUCCAAUUCGCUACAUUGCUAUGGGCAGAGGUGACAACAGAGGUUUCGUGAAGUCUCUUGAUAGCUUGUCACUCUGUACUUAUUUAUGCUAUAUGUUGCAAUUAGAUAUACUUCAAGCCAGAGAAGAGAGUGAGAGGAUAGGACGGGAAAUAAAUGAUGUAACUUAUAUUUUCGACAUGGAAGGGUUCUUAAUUCAGGAUUACCUCAACAAAACUGUUCUUGAGACGAGUUUAGACCUCGGUCGCCUGGUGCAAGAUUAUUAUCCGGAGAUAUGGAACAACAUAUUUUUUGUGAACGCCCCAACGUACUUCUACAGACUAUAUAAUCUCUUGAAGCCUAUUUUAAGGGGUCCGUUGCUUCAGAAGGUACAAGUUGUAUCGAAAGAAGCUACGCCAGAAAUUCUUCUGAAAUAUGUUGACGAAGAUGUGUUACCGGAAUUUCUUGGUGGAAAGAGAAGGGACUCCAAAGGAAACCCAAUGUGCAUUGAAUUUUUACGUUUUGGCGGCCAGAUUCCAGAGGAUUAUUAUUUGAGUAAUCAUGUUACUCUUUCACUCUCAGACCCAAGUGCAUUGAGCGUAGUAAUCGGAGCGAGAUCCUACUUCAAUUACCCAGUCGUAGUUCCGAAGCCUGGAUCAAUAAUCAGCAUAGAAUUCCGAACUGAAGAAGGGAACAUUUUCUUUAAAAUUAUGUAUAGGAAAGUUGGACAGAAUCCAGAGAUCUGUGAUCUUUCUUUAAGCAACGAAAAUCUAAUCGCAAAAGAUGAACAAUGUGAGGUCCAGUUAAGUAGCCCAGAACUUCAAAUGCAGUGCCAUAUAUCUCCAGUCGAUUAUAAAUUCAAGGCUCCAUGGUCCAGUGUCUAUAUCUUCAAGUUCGAUAACACAAGCAGUUGGUUCACCUCGAAGCGCCUGAUAUAUCGAAUAAAGCUGAUAGAAUCUGACUUUGAAUCUAGUGAUAUACUGGAGAAGAAACAAUAGCCCUCCAUCCUUGUGCCAUAAUCUAGAAAGGACAAGCAAAUUCAUUAGUUAUCGACUCUUCAUCUCAGUGUCUGAAAAAAUAUAUAUAUAUAUAUAUAUGAGCAUAGAUCCUUGCGUCUGUAAUUUAUGAAACUGUAACUGUGACGCACUUUUCUCUAACUCUCUUCAGUGUAACAAUUGUCGUAAUAUUUGCUCUGAAAAAUAAAAUCUUUUGAU